AGAGUCAAUUCCCCCUCGUGAACAACAUCUGCCUUGCUUCACGGCGAGGGGCGUGGCCGGCAGGAAGACGCCCGAAGGGCCGGGCCUCCACCAGGGAGAGAGGGAGUCGGGGAAGGCCGUAUAAAAAAAGUCGCGCAACACAAGUGUGGCUUUAUCCAUCCUGCUCCGUCCGGGUGAGAGGAAACCCGAAGCCGCUGCCGAACCAGCUUUUCCCUCCAUUUUCGGCCACCGCCGUCUGACGCGUGCACAUGGCAUCAUCGGCAUCGGCAUCGUCAUCAUCUCCACAGCGGGCAGGGCCACUCGCCAGCAUGCCGGCCUUGGCCUUUCUCCUCGUCGCUUCGGUCACCGUUGGUCUUGCUGGGGGGAUCAGACGCUCUCAUGGCCCCGGGGUCAGAGCGGAGGAUGUCGUCGUCACAGAGGCGACGUCGACCGCGGCGCCAGAAGUUUACAUCAGAGGAGACAUGAUUCCGUUGACAAGUGCAGCACCUGAGCCAAACAACCAACUAUUUAACGUUGUGAUGGAAACCCAAGACGCCGAUCAGAAGACGACGGCGCCAUCGCCUACGAAACAGACGGCAGCGGGAAGCCGCGGACAAGACGUGCCCGCGGCCGCGGAGGACGCAGCUGACGCCGGACAGGUCACAGUGGACGUGUCCGCAGACCAACCCCAAAUCCAGGAACAAAAGACCCCCCCGCCGGCGCUGCCGCCGAGAGGUGACGGCCCAGAGAAUGUUCCUGAGGGUGAAGUGGUGUGUGUGAGCAAAGAGGCAGUCCAGGAUAAAAACGCAGUCAAUCUGAAACUCAUCCAAUCUUCCAACUGUAAAAAUACCAAGCAGAAGAUUCAAAGCGUCCUACAAGAGUUGUGUGCCGAAGACUGCAAGCUAGAGAUCUUCCAGGAGGACAAUACGGACCAGAUCCUUGUAUCUGGGCAGUACGUCGAAGAUGACAUCGACGGCAUGGUCAACAAGUUCAACAACGACAACGUCAAAGACAAGGCCGGUGUGAGAGAGGCGGUGCCUCAUUGGAGGAAAAACUCCAAACUGGUUCUGGUUUCCCUCUUGCUGACCGGCCUGCUGCUGGCUGCUCUGCUGGUCGCCGGUUAUUACUUCAGGACCCACCGCAGGAAUUCCAAAGGAGUCCGGCUGGCCGAGUCUUACCAGGUGGAUGAAGAAAACCAGGCCAACACCCUGGUGUCGGUCGCCCCGCUGCCCCAGGAGCCCGUCAACAAGCCCCCCGCCGCCGCCAACGGAGAAUCUCCGCCGCCAGAAAACGGCACCAAUCCCGCCCCGACUACCAACGGGCAUUCUGCCACCGGCCAGACACCGGUGGCCGACACCGAGAUGUGAAUCUCGACAGCGCCCGGAAUCGCCCAUCAACCACUGGUUUCAUUCUACCCACAAUAGCUACGCCCCCCCCCAAGACUUUCCACGCUUUGGAGACACACUGAGCAAAAACAAGCGUCUUCCUUCUCCCGACGACGUCAGUGAGGUUCAUAAUGACGUGAAUGACAAUGCCUGCAAUGUGAAAGUUUGCGAUGUCGGGCCUGCCAGGAGGAGCCUGCGCACGACGUAUUUGGGACUUAAAACUGAUCCGCCGGGGGCUGACUUGGAUUCGUCAGCGCCGCCUUACUAUCGUCUUGUAGAGUCAGUCGAGUAACGUCAAAUAUGUUCUGUUGAUCCUUAACAUGAAUCUUUUUUUUCCCCCAUCAAGCGAAGGUCCACUCAGCCAUAAAGACCAGCUUUUAUAUUCUUGUAAAAAGAUUUGCGGCUUAUUUUUGUAUUUUUGUCCUUGGUCUUGGUACUGUUUGUUAACGUCUUCUUCCCUUCCCUACCUGCUCAUAAAAACGAUCAAGUAUACUAAUUGCACUGUAGCCGCUAAUAAAUUUGGGAUUCAACUAGAUUUGGUUUUCUUUAACUGAAAAAAUACAUAAAAAUAAAAUAAUAAUAAAAUUUGUUGCAAAAAAAAAAAAAAAAAGGAAUGCAGUUAGCAUUCAAUAUACAAACCAGAAGUCUGUAAUAACCUGCAAGAUACUUUUGGAUAUAAUGACGAGACAGUAAGAUUAAGCAAUUUUUUCCCCCCCAAAAAAAGAAAUAAUUUCCCCACUUGCAGCAAUCUUCAGCCAAACCUUAGUUGGCAAAAGUACGUUUGAUCAUUUGUGUUUGCAUUUUGACUAAUGAAAUGAGUGUGUACCCUUUUUUUUUUUUAACUGAAAUAUGUUGGCCUCUUUCCACUGGCGUUGCAUCAACUGUUUUUGUUUUUUUAUUUGUAAUAAAGUGGAAAAGCACAAAAUCGACAGAGUUAGAAGUCAAGAAAAUCAAUUGCAUCAAUUGUAACCCUUUAUUUUAAGUGUAUAAUUUGUUUUUUUUUUUUGUCUUCUUUUCUGAAGUGGCAUCUGCUAGCUCCUUUGCCCACUGAUUUAUUAGAAAUAUCAACUUUUAUUUUAUUUUUUUAAAGAGCUUUGAAGCAAGGUACGCGCUUCACAAGAAAUCCGACAAAUGAGCAUUUUUCCCACCUUGCGAUGGAAACCAGCAAAGGCGCCGUUGUUUGAUUUCUCGAAAAGUUCAUCUCGAUCAAUUAACUUUUCACAUUGUGAGGUGUGCUAAGAGUGAUUUUUUUUCCCUCCCAAAUCUGAUCGCAAACUCGUCCGGGUUGAGAAUUUUAAACGUUCAACCUGUUAAUAUUUAAUGUCACAAAUCUAUGUGUGAGCUGAACAAGGAGUUGAGCCACAGACUUCGAGAUUAUGACG